ACAGACACACAUGUAGUGACCAAUGAGAAAGGAAGAAAAAUACAGGCUUUCGAAAGCUAGUGCGGUAUAAAUAACCUGGGAAAAGCAAGCCGCUUGAGCUUUAGUUUCAGUCAGCCAUGGCCACUCACGCAGCUCUUGCUCCCUCAACCCUCCCCGCCAAUGCCAAGUUCUCUAGCAAGAGCUCCUCUCACUCCUUCCCCGCUCAAUGCUUCUCCAAGAGGCUCGAGGUGGCGGAAUUCUCAGGCCUUCGUGCUGGAUCAUGUGUGACUUAUGCGAAGAAUGCCGGGGAGGGAUCCUUCUUCGAUGCUGUGGCUGCUCAGCUCACUCCCAAGACUUCAGCACCAGCUCCAGCUAAGGGAGAGACUGUCGCUAAACUGAAGGUGGCAAUCAAUGGUUUCGGUCGCAUUGGUCGGAACUUCCUUAGAUGCUGGCACGGGAGAAAGAACUCGCCCCUUGAUGUCAUUGUUGUCAAUGACAGCGGUGGUGUCAAAAAUGCUUCACAUUUGCUGAAGUAUGAUUCCAUGCUGGGGACUUUCAAAGCUGAUGUGAAAAUUGUGGACAAUGAGACCAUCAGCGUUGAUGGCAAGCCCGUUAAGGUCGUCUCUAACCGGGACCCUCUCAAGCUCCCCUGGGCUGAGCUCGGCAUCGACAUUGUCAUUGAGGGAACUGGAGUCUUCGUGGAUGGCCCUGGUGCUGGAAAACAUAUUCAAGCUGGUGCCAAGAAAGUUAUCAUCACUGCACCAGCAAAAGGCGCUGAUAUACCCACCUACGUCUAUGGUGUGAAUGAGACAGAUUAUUCGCAUGAAGUUGCUAACAUAAUCAGCAAUGCUUCUUGCACCACUAACUGCCUCGCUCCUUUCGUGAAAGUCCUGGAUGAAAAGUUCGGCAUUGUGAAGGGUACAAUGACAACCACACACUCCUACACAGGUGACCAGAGGCUCUUGGAUGCUUCCCACCGUGACUUGCGGAGAGCCAGAGCCGCAGCACUCAACAUCGUCCCAACAAGCACUGGGGCUGCAAAGGCUGUGUCUCUCGUGCUUCCCCAGCUCAAGGGCAAGCUCAAUGGGAUCGCCCUCCGUGUGCCAACACCGAACGUCUCUGUCGUCGACCUUGUUGUGAAUGUCGAGAAGAAGGGCCUUACCGCCGAGGAUGUCAAUGCAGCCUUCAGAGAUGCAGCCGAAGGGCCGCUCAAGGGCAUAUUGGCUGUGUGCGAUGACCCUCUCGUGUCAGUGGAUUUCCGAUGCUCCGAUGUCUCUUCAACCAUCGAUUCUUCACUGUCGAUGGUCAUGGGAGAUGAUAUGGUGAAGGUGGUUGCUUGGUACGACAAUGAAUGGGGCUAUAGCCAAAGGGUCGUCGACUUGGCACAUUUAGUAGCAGUCAAGUGGCCAGGCAUUGAGAUACCCGGAUCGACCGGAGACCCAUUGGAAGAUUUCUGCAAGAAGAACCCCGCUGACGAGGAGUGCAAGGUCUAUGAGAAUUAGUUCGUCGCAUUCCUUCUCCUAAUUCCAGGUGGAUCGCGCAAGGCAAGGUUUUUCUUUAUCUGUAUCGUUUUCAGUAUCGACACCAAGUGCAUACACGACGGUGAUAGCCGAGAGGGGCAAGCUGAUGUGCAAGAAGUAGAAUGUGUUGAUGUGACAGCAUCUGAGAUUUGGAAUAACCAAAUCAGAAUGGUUUUUGUUCUGAUGUGAAGCUACUGCUUUUAUCAAAUUUACUUGUGAUGAAUGGAUUAAACUGAGAACGUUAAGCAUC